CCCUGAGCAACCUGUGGAAAGCAGCAGAGUGGUUAUCCUCUCGGGGCAUAAAGACAAAGAAGGCAAUAAGGAGACUUUUCUCCUCAGAGGCUGCCUGUGGCUUCCCAUGGGUGUCUCACACAGGGGAGACCAACUCAACUGGCACCUAGAACUCUCUUUCCCACAAAAGUUGGGCUGGUUCUGAUCCUUAACCUGCUCCGGCAGUGACACACUCAGCCUCACAGGGAGUGGACGAGCUCCAGGAAGAUGAUGUUUUGGAGAAAACUCCCCAAAGCCCUCUGCAUUGGGCUGACUCUGGCCAUUGCUGUCAAUCUCCUUCUGGUAUUUUCUAGCAAGGGGACUUUACAAAACCUGUUUACCGGUGGUCUCCACAGGGAGCUUCCUUUACAUCUGAAUAAGCGCGACGGGGCAGUGAUAAAGAGACUCUCCCACUUGGAGGUGGAAUUGCAGGAUCUGAAAGAAAGUAUGAAAUUGGCUCUGAGGCAACAAGAAAAUGUGAACAACACACGGAAGAGGGCGAAAGAUGAAGUACGCCCUGUUCUAAAGGCAAUGGAAACCAAGGUGAAUGAGGCAAAGAAGCACAAAACCCAAAUGAAACUCUUCCCACACUCACAGCUUUUCAGGCAGUGGGGCGAGGAUCUUUCUGAGGCCCAGCAGAAGGCGGCCCAGGACCUCUUCCGGAAGUUUGGUUACAACGCGUACCUCAGCAACCAGCUGCCUCUCAAUCGCACCAUCCCCGACACGCGAGACUACAGAUGUCUUCGGAAGACAUACCCUUCCCAACUCCCAUCCCUCAGUGUCAUUCUCAUAUUUGUGAAUGAAGCUCUGUCCAUUAUACAACGGGCCAUCACCAAUAUCAUCAACCGGACACCCUCUCGAUUGCUGAAGGAAAUCAUCUUGGUGGAUGAUUUCAGCUCAAAUGGAGAACUAAAGGUACACUUGGAUGAGAAGAUUAAGCUUUACAACCAGAAGUAUCCAGGACUACUGAAAAUAAUACGGCAUCCUGAGAGGAAAGGUCUUGCUGAAGCCCGCAACACUGGCUGGGAAGCUGCCACAGCAGACGUGGUCGCCAUCUUGGAUGCUCACAUUGAAGUCAAUGUUGGGUGGGCAGAGCCAAUCUUGGCUCGGAUUCAGGAAGACCGCACUGUGAUUGUGUCUCCUGUGUUUGACAACAUUCGUUUUGACACCUUCAAACUGGAUAAGUAUGAACUGGCAGUUGAUGGGUUUAACUGGGAACUCUGGUGCCGCUACGAUGCACUGCCACAAGCCUGGAUUGAUGUGCAUGAUGUCACUGCCCCAGUGAAGAGUCCUUCAAUCAUGGGCAUCCUGGCUGCUAACAGGCACUUCCUGGGAGAGAUCGGGUCUCUGGAUGGCGGAAUGCUCAUCUAUGGAGGAGAGAACGUGGAGCUUAGCCUAAGGGUGUGGCAGUGUGGAGGGAGGAUCGAGAUUUUGCCCUGCUCCCGGAUUGCUCACCUAGAGAGACACCACAAGCCCUACGCCUUGGAUCUGACCCCUGCCUUGAAGCGCAAUGCUCUGCGAGUGGCCGAAAUCUGGAUGGAUGAGCACAAACACAUGGUCUACUUGGCCUGGAACAUACCUCUCCAGGACUCUGGAAUAGAUUUUGGAGACAUUUCUUCCAGAAUGGCACUCCGGGAAAAACUGAAAUGUAAAACUUUUGACUGGUACCUGAAAAAUGUUUAUCCACUCUUGAAGCCAAUCCACACCAUCGUGGGCUAUGGAAGAAUGAAAAACCUAUUGGAUGAAAAUGUCUGCUUGGAUCAGGGACCCAUUCCAGGCAACACCCCCAUCAUGUAUUACUGCCAUGAAUUCAGUUCACAGAAUGUCUACUAUCACCUAACUGGGGAGCUCUAUGUGGGACAACUGAUUGCAGAGGCCAGUGCUAGUGAUCGCUGCCUGACAGACCCUGGCAAGGCGGAGAAGCCCACCUUAGAACCAUGCUCCAAGGCAGCUAAGAAUGGACUGCAUAUAUAUUGGGAUUUUAAACCGGGAGGAGCUGUCAUAAACAGGGAUACCAAGCGGUGUCUGGAGAUGAAGAAGGAUCUUUCGGGUAGCCACGUGCUUGUGCUCCAGACCUGUACCACGCAAGUGUGGGAAAUCCAGCACACCGUCAGAGACUGGGGUCAAACCAACAGCCAGUGAUCCUCAGACGGCACUGGAUCUGGGUCAUCAAUUCCUGCAAGUGGAGUGGCUUCUACCCCUAACACUCCCAGCUUCUUUCUCAAUGAGAAAGAAAGCAUGUGUAUGUCUGUUUAUGGCGACUUCAGGUGGGGCCUAUGCGUGUGCCGGGGUGUCUCUGUUGGAGAGAGGAGAGGAAACUCUGAUGCCUCGUCCCCAGCUUCCCUGGGAAGGUCGUGAUAUAUAUCAAAUGCCAUUCUUGGAAACUCCUUGAAAUAACCAGCAUCUUUUGGCUGUUACGUGGGGAGAGAAGGAGGAGGAUGGAAGUUUAUCUUUGACUUCUGCCCACGAUGUUUAGCCUUCCUUCCCGACAGCUACUGUCGCCAUCUGCCCCACACCUCCUCCCCAGCUCAUCUGCUUGGGGACUCCCCAGGCUGCCAGGGGCCAUUCCACGUGAGACGCUGGGCCCUUCUCAGGCCGGCAGCGUGACAGCUCUUCAGGUAGCACUAAUUCUCCCUCCUGCCUGGACUGUCCCGAGAGAUGCAGAAAAUAGAUAAGUGACUUUUAAACAUUCCUCCAUUCAACCUCCCAUGGCAGUUUUAUUUGGAUUAUCAAUCUCUCCCACACCAAAGAGAUUCUGGAGGCUGAGGGGAGGAGAGAAGGCACCUCGACUCAUCACAGCUGUCCAAGGGACAGUGUGUUGAGAAGGGUAAGAAAAUCCAGGGCCAUCGGAGCCUUUCUCUUAGUAGGUCAUAACAUUUAAUGACUUAAUUACCUAUUCCCUCCUCCUACUCUUGCAAAUUAUGGAGAAGAUGAGGCUUGAAUCAGAGGGGCACUGCUUGUUGGAGGCAAAGAAGAGAUUGCAGGCAAAAUCUUAAAACCAGGGAUUCUAUGGCUGUCCACUGGAUAAAUAUUUUCUGCUAGUUGGUGAGUUGGGAAGAUACAUCUCAGCCUGCCAAUUUUUGGCAAGGUCUUGGAGGUUGGUGGGACGGGGCACGUGGUGGGAGAGUAGGUAGGAUGGUUCUGUGUGUGUGGUGUGUUGUGGAAUUACCCUUCAAGCACGUGCUCCCAAAACCCCUUCUUCAGAGGGCCGCUUUUCUCUCUUAGUCCCAUGUCAGGGCUGCCUGGAAGUGAUUUGGAGAAUCAUUAGGUUUUCUUUAGGCAUUAGGCAAGCAGGACAGUGAUAAUUUGGUACAGGAUUUAAUCAGUUGAAACUUAUAAAAAUGAACUUUUAAAAGUGUACAGGUUAUAAAUAGACAGCUUGAUUAAAAUUUCACUAUGAACGCUGCCAUAUCAAGAACUAAAACUACUGCAGAUACGAUUUUAUUACGAAAAAAUAAAGGGACAAGAUGAAUGUUAAGCAAAUGCAUAACUUCUAGCUUCUGCCUGGCAAAUUGAAGGGAAAAUGCAAUUCAUAGCAAAGUUUUGAAAAAGUAUGUACCCAAUAGAAAGUUGGAUAAAAGACACAAUACCCUUAAACAUAUGAAAAGAUGUUUAACCUCAUUCGUAGUUAGAGAAAUGCAAAUUAAAACUGUAUUGAGAUACUUUUCACUUAAAUUGGUAAAAAUUAAAAAGUAGGACAGCACAUUCUUUUGGAAGGGCUGUGGGAAACAGGCAAUCUUAUACAUAAGGCAAACUGGGGAUAUUUAGCAAUAUCUAAAGAAACUGUAUGUACAUUUUCUAUUUGUGCCAGUAAUUCCACCUCUAGAGAUUUACCUUAAAAAUAAGAAAAUACUUACUCACAAAGUGACUCUUUGCAGUAUUCAUUGUAACUGAGAAAUGUUGAAAAAAGAAAAGAUGUGGCUGAACAUCAGAGAAUAAUUGAAUACCUCCAUAUAAUGGAGUACUAUGCAGCUAUGAUAAAGAACAAGGACUCUUUCUCUGAACUGAUAUGGGGUGAUUUCCAGUACCUUUUGUUAAGUGGGAAAAGAAAAAUAGUAUCUAUACUAUAUACCUUUUAGGUAAGAAAUAAGGGGAAAAUAUACCUGCAUCUGUUCAUUUCUGCAAAGUAAAACAUAAGAAGAAUAAAUAAGAAAAUAAUGAGAUUGGUUACAAUAGGUGGUGGUGGUUGGAAAUAGGGCAGAAAAAAUUGGGAAUAGGAAUGGGAUAGAAGGGAUGUAGGGAGAGUGACAUUUCUCUAACUGUAUAUUUUCUAUAGUUUUGACUUCUAGAACCGUGUUAUGUUUCAAAUGCUUAAAAUAUAAAUAUAUAAAAUCAAUAAAGAUAGAAACCCAAAAUGGAGUAUAAACAAAAAUAAGUGAACCUAACUAUAUCUCCAUAUUGUAAAUGAACACAUACACACUCACUCAUGCACACACACAUUGAUCACACCUAACAUGCAGCAUGCAGAUCUUGUUUCUAAAUAUUUUCCAGUGAAAGGAAUUACAAGCCUUUGGAGAAAUAGCUAAUUUUAGGGCUGGGGCUGGGAUAUCUUUCUAUUUUAGAAAGUUAUAAACUGCUCAAAAAAUUAUGGGGACCUGUCACAAACCACAAUGGUCAGGUUGAAGGGGCUUCCACUGGCCAAAUCUGGGACAAUUUGAGUAUUAAAAUAAAUAACGGUAAUUUUAACUGAGUGAUUGGCGUUAACAUCAUCAGUUGUCGGACAAACGGAUAUCAUGGGCCUCCUGAUAUAAUGCAAGAAGAACACAAUAUCACUUCUAUGGUUUUCCUGCCAAAAUACAGAACCUGAACCUAUAAUCUUGAGGAAACAUCAAUCAAACCCAAAUUGAGGGAAGUUCUUCAAAAGAAAUGGUCUGUAUGCUUCAAAAAUGUCAACUCAUGGAAGACAAAGACUGAGGAAGUGUUCCAGAUUCAAGGAGACUAAUGAGAUAACUAAAUGUAAUGUGUGAUCCUGGAUUAGAUCCUAGACCUGAGGGCUUUUUCCCCCUUUGAUUGUAAAGGACAGCAGUAGACAAUAGGUGAAAGUUGAAGAAGGUUUGUUGAUUAGAUAAUAGUAUUGUAUCCUGAUUUUGAUCAUUGUACUCUGGCUAUAUAAUAGAAUGUUCUUUAUUUUACAAAAUAGUAACUGGAUGGAGUUGAGGUGAAGGGACAUUAUCUCUGAGAUUUUAUAUAGAUAGAUGAUGGAUGGAUGAAUGGAUGGAGCAGUAGACAGAUUCGAUGGAGGAGUGGAUGGAUGGAGAUUGAUAGAUAGAUAGAUAGAUAGAUAGACAGACAGAUGGAACUGGGAAUGAUCAAGCAAAUGUGGAAAAGUGAAUCUGGAUGAACAGUAAAAGGUUUGUUUACAAGAAUUCUUCGUACUAUGUUUGCAACUUUUCUGUACAUCUGGAAUUGUUUAAAAAUAAAAAAAAAAUUAAACAAACUCAAUGCCUAUCUAGAUAGACACUAAAAAUCUCUUCCCUUUUAACUGCAAUGAUAAGCAAUAGCAGCUUAAUUCAAGUUUGGUGUACUUUAUUCUUUGAGGGAAAUCUGUGAUUCUCUCACACUUACAGUGAGGAUACAAAAGGCCGCUUAGGCUCCCCAGCUUCCCAGAGGUCCUGAGCUUCCGCCAGCAGCUCUGUUCUCGAGGGUAGCCUGCUAGUUAUGACAAAGAAAGUAUUGGUUUGCUUCCUUGGCCCUAAAACCACCUAUUCAUUCCUUGUCCUAAGAUGUACAUGGAAUUAUGCGUAUCUGGUCACUGUCUACUUCCAGCCUUCAUUGGCAAGGACAUGUGAAGGUUGUCUCAGCGGCUGUCUUCAGUCCACUCAGGAAGCUGUUCCCUUGGCAACCAAGUUAAUUAUUUAUUGACCCUCUCUCUCUGAUUUUUGGGAACAUUGGAGCUCUACUAUAAGUCAGUAUUACCUUGUAAAUAACAGUUAAUAUGACAAGUAAACUAGUCGAUGACCCUGGAGUAUGGAAGGUCACCAAAACUCCAACAGAGAAGUCUGUGUUUGAUUCUAGGAGUUGGAUAUCUGGAACUGUGGACCCAUCAUUCAUUCCCUUUCUUUGGCUCAGAAAGUGAAAAUCCCUGGGGCAUCUUGCAAAUGGCCAUUUUCUCCCCAUCCCACAUUACCUCUCAAUUUCCAGAUGGCCAUACCCAAUUUAUCCCCUUAUGGGAAUAAGCCACGCUAGGGCAGCCUUGAAGAACCACAGUUUACUGUUACAAAAUGCUCUUCUCUUGUUGACCUUAAAGUAACAGGCUUGUUCCUCUUGUCAUUCCACCUAUCCAAAAGUAAAAUUACAAGGCAGCUUUGCUUGUUCUUCUCCCUACAACGCCAAACUUCAAACAGAAAUCCCAGGAAUGCAGCUUAGAUCUGUCCCGCUCUUUAUUGCAGCCUCUACUUCCCUAGGAUUCUGGCACUUUUCCAAAGGGAGCAGGGCCUGGAGACUCAGGGGUCGCUGCCAUCAUGUGCCUGGUUGUUUCUCUUCUCCAGGCCCUAAGCGUCACCUACACGAGGCUUGAGCAUCCCAAUUCUCUCUUCAGAGGGAGCAACUUCCUCAUCUGUGUAAGACCUAAAGGGUACAGAGCUGUGAGCCAUGCCAUAAUGCAUUGACAUUCUAGAAUUUUAAAGUUAAUCUCUUACAGAGUUCCCUCAUUUUACAUGUAAUACAUUUUAACAAUAGGAAAUGUCCUUUUAGCUAAUUUUCCAAAUUUAAAGAAAUAUGUGAAGUCCUUUUAUAAAGAUUAAAUGAAAUAGAGUGGGGUCUGUAAUGUCAGGUUGAGUUAAUUAUCACUAGGAUUAAAGGAUAAAAUCGACUGCUCAUGACUUAAAGUUAUAAUUUUAACAAACACAAUUUUUUCCCACAAACAUUUUAUGUCUGAAGAUUCCAAAUCUACCAUCUCGUUGGAACUAUAAAAACCAAAUCUGUCAAUAUCACCAGAAAGCUCUUUGGCUUCCGUAGCAAAAAACAAAACAAAACAAAACAAAACAAAAAAACUAGGAAGAAAAUCAACUUUAUAUAACAAAAUAAGAAGUAGGUAUAGUUUUAACUUUAACUAAUGAAACCAGAUAUGUCAACAUUCCCUAAUGUUAGUAUUUUCCUUCUCUGUCUUACAAGUCACAAAGACUAAGUCAGGACUUGUCCUUUCAAAGUAAGUUGUCAACCUUCUUUCACUCUUUGAAGGUUCUUCAUUAACUGCUGAGUGAGGCUGG